CCUGCCAUUCCUGAUCAUGAUGAUGUAGUAUUCCUAAAUCAUGCGCCACCAUGCACAGCCAUCCCACGGACCUGAGCAGCACUAAGCACCCCACCAGGAGCAGGAGGAGACAUGGAGGUGCCAAGAACCUAACGUAUGGUCAACAAGUGGAAUUUACAGGAAAUUGGACAGAAUUCCUCUCGAAGCACAUCUCCUUUAUCUAACAUGUCUAACUUCACUCUAGAUGCUUGCAAUGUUGACUCUGACCUGGAUGGCGUGCUUCCUCCAUCCCUCUACGCCGUUGUGUUCGUAGUGGGACUCCCAGCCAAUCUUCUGGCCCUCUGGGCCGCCUGGCUGCAGGUACGGAAAGGGAAAGAACUUGGAGUCUACCUUCUAAACCUCAGCCUGUCAGAUCUCCUGCUCAUUUGUGCACUACCACCCUGGACGGACUACUACUUACGGAGAGAUGUAUGGGGGUAUGGGCCGGGGGCCUGCCGCCUUUUCGGUUUCAUCUUCUACACUAACCUGUAUGUAGGUGCUGCCUUCCUGUCCUGUGUCUCAGCUGACCGCUACCUGGCUGUGGCACAUCCUUUGAGGUUCCCUGGUGCCCGGCCCAUCCGCUCUGCUGCGGCUGUCUCAGCACUGGUGUGGGUCCUAGAACUGGCAGCCAAUGCCCCCCCCCUGUUCAGAGACGCUAUCACCAGAGACCGCUACAACCACACCUUCUGCUACGAGAGCUAUCCCCUAUCUGGGAAGGGAGAUGCAUUGGCCAAUGUGGGGAGGGUAUUAGCUGGGUUUUUAUUGCCCUGGGCGAUAAUGCUUUUGUGCUAUGCUGGGUUACUUCGUGCUCUGCGGGGCAGUGCAUCCUGUGAGCAAAGGGAAAAGAGACGGGUGCGUCGGCUGGCCCUGGGGCUGCCCUGUGUGGCUCUGCUCUGCUAUGGGCCCUAUCAUGCCCUGCUUCUCCUACGCAGCCUAGUGUUCCUGAUCGGGGGAGGUUCGGUGGCAGCAGGUGAGAGCUGUGCCUUAGAAGAGCGGCUCUUCCCAGCUUACCAUGCCUCUCUGGCAAUGGCCACCCUGAACUGCUUGGCUGAUCCGGCCCUCUACUGCUUGGCAUGUCCAGGAGCGAGGGCGGAGGUGCUGAAAGCACUAGGCAGAGUGGUGGCAUGGGCAAUGGGAAAGGACAGGACUGGUUGGCAGGAAAGGGGUGGUAGAGGAGUCAGUGGUCGGGGUGAGGAGGUGGGAAUGAUGGAGAUGGGUGGCAGAGGGGGCAGCUGCAUUGUGUGA